AUGAUAAAAGAUCUAAAUCCAAGGUAUAUAUUCAAUAUUAAUAGAUAGUUGUGAAUACAAACAUUGUAAAUCCUUUUUUCAAAUCAAUUUUUCAACAAUGAAAUGGAUGAAAUCAAUUGCUCUUCCUGUUCCAAUAAGUAGUUACUCUAUUUCUGAUGAUGUGAGAUUUGUGAAUUAGAAAGGAGACAUUAAGUAAAAGACUUUGAUCAAUGUUGAAAACUAUUUGUUCUAUAAAACAAAGAAGGUAAUUAUAAGAAUUACUAAAUCAGGAUAAAUUAAAGUGGAUUGACUUUGAAAAUGCUAUAAUAGAGUAAUUUCAUCAUCAAAAAUAUGGACAUGCUAUUAGAUUAAUAAAGUGUUUUGAUGUUGUAGAAAUAUUUUGUGAUGCCUAAUCUUGGUUCAAAUAUAUAAAAAGAUUUACUAUACAAUCAGAUUUCAAUUCAAAUUACAUUUUAAGAAAAAGAAUAGGAAGAGGUCAAUUCUCAGAAGUAUAUUAAUAAAUAACUAUUAUUUCUUAGGUAUUUAAAGCCAAGAAUAAAUAAGAUGGAAAUGAAUAUGCAAUUAAAAUAUAUUAGAAAUCAAAUUUAUUUGAUGAAGUUGAUAGAGCUGCUAUAUAAAAAUAAAUUUCAGUUCUUAGAAGAUUAUAAUCAGAUUUUACAAUUAAAUUUUAUGAAGUUUUUGAGAGUACAGAUUAAGUAUUUGUUGUAUAAGAAUUAUUAAUGGGAGGAAAUUUAAUGGAUUAUAUUAUAAGAGAGAAUUUCUUUUCAGAAGAUUAAGCUGCAAAACUUAUCUUUCGAUUAGUUAAAGCAGUUAAUUAUAUUCAUUCUAAAAAUAUUAUACAUCGUGAUAUUAAACCAGAAAAUUUAAUAUUUAGAUUUCAAGAUAAUGUUGAAACUCUUUGUAUAAAGAAAUUCUAAUUAGCAGAUUUUUAUAAUCCUGAUGUUAAUUAUCAUUAUAUAUGUUGUGGUACACCUGGAUUCAUUGCUCCUGAAAUUCUAUUAAAUUAAAAUUAUGAUUAAAAAGUUGAUGUAUUUAGUAUAGGUGUUACAUUAUAUAUAUUGAUGACUGGUUAAAUGCCUUUUGAAGGUGAUUUUGAAAAAAGAUUAGAAUAAAAUGUUGAAGGUUUAGUUGAUUUCAGUAUGAUAAAUCUAAGUAUUCUUGGAAUGAAUUUUAUUAAAACAACUCUUUAACCAAAUCCUGAAGAAAGAUUAAGUUCACAUUAAUGUUUAAAUCAUUAAUGGUUUGUUUAAGAAUAAUUAGCCAAAAUUAAUUAAAUGUAAUUGAAAAAACCUAUUUAAUUACAAAAUUAAUUUAUUGUUAGGAGAAUGAAAUAAGCUAAGACAUUGACUUUUAGUCCUUCUUCUCCUAGAAGUCAAGUUUCAAUACAAAGUCCUAGAAAUCAUAAUCUUUAAUAAGAAUAGAAAAAAUAACCUCCCAUUUUAGUAGGAAGUUAAACAGAAAAAUUAAUUGGACCUCAUUCAAGUUCUAAAAGUAUUCAUUUUGAAUAAAUAUAAACAUAACCAACUGAUGAUGAUGAUUAAAAUUAAGAUUUUAGUAAUUUGAAAUCAGCAAGAAAGAAAACUUAAUCAUUUGUUAUUAAGUCUACUUCAACACUGAAGAAUUUUCAUGUAUUGAAAUCAAAAUUUAAAUGA